CCAACCAACAUGUUUUUGUGCGACGCCUGCAUUAUUUUAUUGGUCGGAGUCGGAAUCGCAUUCGCCUUUCCUGAAGACAAAGCUGUGGGAAGUCCAACGAGCUUACCAGAGCCGUUGAAGGGCAACUGUACGUGUGGCGGGUUCGACUCGCGCGGCGGGUCCGCGCCGCUGCUGGCGCACUCGCCCGGGCUGACGGUGGAGUGCGGCGCCGCGGGCAACGCCACCUGCGGCAACCUGUGCGUGGCGCUCGCCACCGCUACCCGGGCCAAGGGGCCCGAGGUGCUGUGCAACCGGAUCAAGGCCUGCGACGAACUCAAGCUCUCCGUAUUCUACAAGAUAUGCGACGGCGCGUGGGUGCCCGCGAACAUGACAGCUGAAGAGGCGCUGUGCUGCGAGAACUCCAAACCAAAAACGUGCGUCUCCGCCGUGUCAACGUCGACCCCUGCGCCCUCCAGUACCGCCACCUGGGCCCCCGUGUGAAUCUACCGUCCAUCAUUUGUCUUUCCUGUUUCCGAAAGUUAACGACAAGGGGGAAUCAUUUUAGGAACGAUUUACAUGAAGUAUAAG